AUGAAGCGAAUUGGCCUAUUCCUCGUUGCUCUCCUCAUCGCCUCGGUGAUGGUUCAUGCCUUUGGAGAGGACAGAAACUACAUUCAAAAUUUGAAACAACAAAACAAUAAGAUUGAAUUUUCAUCACCAUCACUCGCCAUUGAUGGCCUCGUACAACAUUUAGGUUUGGUCUUUAAAGGAUUGCCAGCUGACAAAGUUGUUUCCGUUUCUUCUUUGGACCUUUUUGAAAGACCACUCGUCGGUAUCGUAUUGAUUCCAACCAAAUCUUCCGAAGUGAAUGAUGUUAUUGUGAAGAAGGUUGAAUCAUUAUUUGGAAAGGAGGCUGUUACCACAGUUUCAUCAUUGAAGGCUGUUGAUUUCGCUUCCAAGACUUCGGGCAUUGUUGUUGUUACCAAUGUUGAGAAUGUCGAAAGCGAAUUGAGAAUGAUUCCAGAAAGAUCCGAUGUGGUCUUGUUGAAUUUGGAAAAGAAUCUCGAAGUCAUGACACCAACUCAAAGAAAGCUCAUGUCUGUCUACUUGAACAACAACAACACAAACACCAACACUUCUAACAACACCAUCAGUGAUGCUGAGCGUGCUGACUAUCAAAUGCAAUUGUGGGUUUGGGUCAUUGGUAUUGUUUGUGUCAUUUUGGCUGUGUGGGCUGUCACUUUGAUUGAUUACAGCGGAGACCAAAUGUUGUACGCCCUCGAAAUGACAAAGAGUCACCAUGAUUAG